AUGGAAUGGUUAACCCGGCCGAGGCGUCCAACAACUACAUUUACUCAUAAGGUUGUUGAAAUUUCGUCGACAGCCCACGAUCGGUUUCACCCUUCCUGGGGCGCAUCAAGUAGACGCAGUCCCCAAGUUUCCUUCAACCUUAUGUUCUACUUGAAACCAAAUUGCAUGAAAUUAGAGAAAUACACUCAUUUGCAAACAAAAGUUGCACAACCCAUACGACUGUUGCUCGAGUACAACGGCGUCGAAUUUGAUGAUUUCAAAUAUGUGUGUGGACCCGCACCGGACUUUUGCAAAAAGUCAUGGCUUGAUGAAAAAUUCAACCUGGGUUUGGACUUUCCAAAUGUGAGUUUUCACUUUAUUGUUACAUAUUGUUCAAACCAGUUACCUUACUAUAUAGAUGGUGAUUUCAGUCUCACCCAGUCCGAUACAAUUUUACGCUAUAUCGCGGAAUCCAACGGGAUGGUGGUUUGCCCUGAGGACGACUCAAUCGAAUUUCCGAUGAGUCUCUGUUGUGUAAGUGGUGUGUUAGAGCGCAAAUUUACUAACCGGAAGGUCGGUCUGUCGAACUCGACCUCUGCCUCUCGACUUCUCCUGUCUAGGCUUGGUCAACCUGGCAGUAUCCCAGCCCUUGUGCUUCCUUCGGGCAGCAUGGCAGCUAGGCACCGAAGGGUCAGUGAAAACUUGGGGCGAGAUGGCACGAAUUUACUGACCGGAAGGUCCGUGGAAAAACUGAAACCACAGCUGCUCGCGGAUCUACCAAAUCAUUUGGAUCUGUUUGACCGCUAUCUCUCCAAAAGAACCUGGCUGUCUGGUGAGAAGGUUGACUAUCCGGACUUUAAUCUUUAUGACAUGUUGGAUACGUUCAACGCAUUGGAACCCACAUGUUUGGAUAAUUACCCCCGUUUGAAGAAGUACCUAACCGAUUUCGAG